UGUUUUGGAAAACCACAUGGCGCCGAUAACUAUCCAAGAACAUUCGUUUUUGGACUGAUUUGGUGCUUUUUUCUUCUAUACCAACGUAACAUAUCAAAAUGGCAAAGGAGAAAGAUAAAAAUCCAUUCAAAUUUCAAGRAUUUUCCGAGCGUAUUGCGAAUAUCAGGCUUGAUAUUUCACAUCGCGUGGAAAAACGUGCUUCAGAACCAGAAGAAACAGAGACUUUUUGUAACGAGGCGCUGAACAAAUGGCGAGAAUUAAACUGUACAGUACAAUUCCAGGAGUUUUGCAAGGAGAUAAGUCCAUUAGUUCAAACACUGGCUCAAUUGGUUCACCAUGAACAAACUGUUAUUGCGAUACUACAAAAGUAUCUUCUUCAGGAGGGCAAUUCCUUGGCGAUGGAACCGCUAUUAGAUGUUGUAGUACAGAUUUCACGAGACUUGCAGUCGGACUUCUAUCCACACUUCAAGGAUUUCUUUAAUGUUUUUGUUACCUUGCUGAAUAGAUAURCAUUGGAUAGUGAAAUCCUUGAGCUGAUAUUCACAGCUCUUGGAUACUUGUUCAAGUUCCUAUGGAGAUAUAUGGUKAAGGACAUAGAGAAUGUGUUUAAGCUGUACUCUUCUCUACUGAGCACGCACCAGAAGCCCUAUAUUCAACAGUUUGCUGCUGAAAGUUUUGCAUUUCUAAUGAGAAAGGUUAAAGACCACRGUAAACUACUGGAUUUCUUGUAUGGAUUCUUAGCUACGCAUGAAGACAUGGYUGAAGGCAUGGGUUUCCUGUGCUUUGAAAUGAUGAAGGGAGUAAAGAAACAGUUUCAUUCGCAGACAGAAAAAAUCUUUCCUCUGAUGCUAUCAAAGUUGGGUCCAGUACAAAACGAAAACAGUAUUAAUGUACAAACAGCAUUACCAUGGCAACUGGUCUUUGAAUGCCAGUUACAUACAAUUAAACUAAUGGCUAAGUACACAAGCAGUGAAGGCAGUUAUGUCGUAGAAAAGUCAUUAACUCGUCAGUUAAUGAAGCUGUACAACAUUUCUGAGAUUAUUUAUGGAGAAGAGGAAUUGAAAGCACUGUCCUUUCAACUGUCUUAUGUCCUGCAGUUAACAGAUUUCUGGGUGUCRUAUAAGGGUGGCACUUAUGUGUCUGACCAUUUGAUAAUAUUUGAUGUUGUGUCCGCUCUCCUUAAGGCAYCACAGGUAUCCCAACACAUCCCUACUCCUCUUCUCAACCUCACCUCUUCAAUUCUUCUGGCCGACUUCUCUGGUUUGCAUAAAGACAUACAUCAAAAGCAGCUGAUUAAAAACGUUUUUCAUAGUGAUCGACACCCACCUAUUGAAUACCCUUUGGACAAAGUGUUGGAUUUUACCAGAAGUCUAUUAAAAUGGUCGUCAUUUACGAGUGAUGUUUUACCUCUAGUCCUAACAUACUGUCAAUCAAAACUGUUCAGCGGAGUCAGUAAUGAAGACAAAGCAUCAAUAAUCCUAAUAUUGACCCAGAUUGUAUUAUCAGGAGUGGUUAACAAGGAUUAUGGUGUCGAUAUCACAUCUAGGAAGGGGUUGAUAUACUUCCCAAAGUCUGCGACAAAGAAUGGAGGAAAGAUACUUGACUGUUUAUUGGAGUGUUUAGAAGUGGUUGAUAAUAAUUCUAAUCUUGGUCUUGUGUGGGGAGCGUUGGUUUGUGUACCAUGUAWCAGGCCGCUUCCUGGUCCAAAGUGUGCAAAGAAGAUUCUAGACUUUUUAACACGAAGCCUAGAGCUCCUACAAUUAGAAGAAGAUAUCCAGAAUACACAACACUGGCUGUUUGUGAUCUCACAGGCUGUUAUGUCAUACCUUAUCAUGAAUCCACAACCGAAAAAUAAAGACGAGCAGCUUGGAAUGGACUUUGUCUUGGAAAUAUUGAGUAAAUAUCCUGAUAAUGUACACGUUCUGCAUUCAAUCGCCGCCAUCUUCUCACAUGCUAAAUCGACCAAUCAGAAGGACGUGCUUUCGACAGAUAAUUUAAGGAGAGUUUGUCCUUUGAUCAAGGCGAACUUGUCCAAUCCUGCGCAUCUAGUCAGGCAGAAAACACUGGAGAUAUUGAAGGAAUUUGAGCAGAUGAAGCUUAUUGCCACCGAAGAGGAUUCCCAACCAGGAAAAUGUAACCUCUUCCAGGUCUGUCUGGAAGCCGAGUCUACUCUUCCCACCUUCCAGCAUUAUCGUGACAAGGAAAUCCUUCUGCGCAAACUCACCUACUCGACGUCUCACCACGAAAGCCUGCCUGAAUUCUACCAUGACGUCACGCCAAGGUUUUUGAUUGGUCAGCUGUAUAUUAACUUUAGUCCCACAUGGCAACCAGUGAUGGAGAUAUUGAAGUCCCAUGCGCAUGGGCAGGACUUGAAGACGUUUUGGGCUGUGCUUCAUGAAUACCUUGAAUUGGCUGCAACCAAUGCUGAAAAAGCACUUGAUUCUGACGAAACACGAACAAGUGACAUCAUAAGAUACGAAGAAGGACAGACAGACAGCCUUGAUGAACUCUUUACCAGCCUGUUCAAUGUGGCCACCGGACCAAGARAAGACAACCGCACGGACCAUAUUAAUUUUCGUCAUCUGUUGUGGAAGACGAUGGCGGAGUUCCCUGGGGUCGUGGAACUGAAGUCACGUGACCUUGUUCCUCUGUUGUUGCGAUUUAUGAGCAACGAAUACGAGCGGUGUGACGAGAAUACGAUCCCUUCACAAGACAUCCGCAAGAAAGAGCAACAAGACAACCAUGACGUCACUGUUUCCAUGGCAACCGAUCAUGACGAAUCAGUUGCGACUGACCAAGAAAAACCAGAACACACCCACACAAAAAGACGCAAGGGAGCUACCAAAUCUCUUUGUGUUCAUCUUACUCUCUUCAGCCUAUUUCAUAAUCCCAAGGCUUUGUCGAAAGAGCCCCAGGUCAGGAGAAUCUACAUGACGAUGCUGAGUCAUAGAGACAGUGAAGUACAGAAAAUAGCUGUCAAAUGCCUGAUGUCGUACAAGUUCUCUUAUGUCAUGCCGUAUAAAGAUAAUCUUGAGCGGUUGUUAGAAGACGAGAGUUUUAGGGAUGAGCUGGCUCUUCUGACUGAGGAUGAAGGGAAUGCUGUAGUUGAMGCUGCCCACCGUGAAGGACUGAUGCCCAUUGUGAUUAGGCUUCUCUACGGUAAAAUGCAGAGGUGGACUGGGGCUGGUUCCUCAGGCAAGUCUGGUAUUGGCGUCCGUCGUGCAACUGUCCUGCGUUUCCUUGGAAACUGUUCGUUAGAGGAAUUGACAGUUUUCAUGGAUUUGAUUCUUGCUCCCUUCAAACACUUGUGCGCAGAUCCUGACGUCAUUCCAACACCACGUGACCUAUCCUCAGUCGUACCAAUCAGGAAGCAGCUUGGCUUUCUCAACAUGAUGCAACAUCUUCUCCUCAACCUCGGAGGAGCCUUUGAUUCGUUUUUACCUUCUUUGCUACAAAUAUGUCUGUCCCUUCUCUCAACUUGUGUCUUCGCUCUUGAGAAGCGUGAGGAGCUUCAUCCUCCACAUAUCUCGCAGUUAAAGCAAGUUCGACAACUCGCCAUCUCCCGUUUGAUCGAGUUCUUCGAAGCCAAACCUGAUUAUGAUUAUUCACGAGUCAUUAAUGCAGUUUACGAAGCAGCAGUUUGGCCACAGCUUGAUAACCUGGAACAAGAGAGCAUCCAAAGCCCUACUCCUAUGUUGAGACUUCUUUCCACUUGGACCAAAAGGUUUCGCUACUUUCCACUUCUCUCAAGAAAGCCACCCAACCGUCCCGACACGUCAAUCAUGGGUCACGUGUUCAACUGUUUAAAUGCUUGUAAUGUUAGUCAUUCAGUUGUUACCAUGGUGAUGGAGAUGGCAGACAAUUUACUGAGUGUGUCAGAGGAUGAUGGGACAGGACAGGACAUGAUGGAAAUGGGUACAGAACUAAGCUCAACAUCAUCGCAAGAAUCAAGCAUCCCCUACGGAACUCGAAUACUUCUUCCCCACCUAUCCGUCAUCAUACAACAUCUGGUUCAAACAGUCAAAGCUCUAACCAAGUCAUCCAAACAAGGUCCAAGAAAAAGCAAAGCAGCUCUUCCUAAACUCGAACUCUCGGUACUUUCUAAAAUCAGCCCCUUCGUGUCAGACCCAGAAAAUUCCGCAGCUCUCAUCAAACUUCUUUUGCCGUUCAUAUAUCUUCGCCAAAGAGAAGAAACUGAGACAGAUACCUUAAGUACGAUAAAAAACCUGCUAUCUAAUGUUGAAACUCCUGCGAGUUUUGCCAAACCGCUUGGAAGGUUGUUCGCUCAGCUUAACUCUCGAACCUCGAGGCAACGACUUUGUGAAGUGUUUGAAGAGAUUGCUAGACUUGAUCCGAACUAUGAAACCGUCUCAGUGAUUGUCACGCAAAUGAACUCUUGGGAUAGAAAGAAGAUUGAAGAACCAGACUACGGGAAAAGAAUGACGGGCUUUGYGUCUGCAGUUGACCUCAUUUCACGAGGAGAAAUUGAAGAUAUGAUUGAAGACGCGGGUUCUCCACCCACUCCCCCCAUUAAUGAUUCUCCACCAAUUGACUUCAUUCUGGUUAUUUUGCACAACUGUCUCUACUUUGUGCAUCGCAGUGAUGAUAUGGCAAUCAGAGAUGGAGCGAUUGGGUGCAUCAACUCCAUUAUACAGCGCGUAGCAGGAUGUAACGAGAGUGAGGAGUUCCACGAACUGAUUAUCAACUGUGUUUUACCUUCUUGUAAACUAGCUUUUCGAUCUAAGAACGAGGCCGCGAGGAACGAGUUCGUUGGUAUCCUAGCAACAAUGGUACGUCAGUUUGACCACGUGACCUUUGAGGAUAUGCGUAUUCUUGUGGAUAAAGAUCCCGAGGCUGACUUCUUUGAGAAUAUUAGACACAUACAGCUGCAUCGUCGUAUUCGUGCUCUCCGUCGAGUAGAAUCUCUCUGCCGGGAAAACACUUUCAAACCAUCCACCCUAUUGGCCUUCCUGUUGCCCUUGGCAACGGUCUAUUUGUUCGAGUACUCGGGCAACAAAGAUCAUAAUUUGGUGACCCAAGCUAUCUCUACCGUGGGUGCSAUAUCUGCUUGCUUGCCAUGGUCCAAGUACUCCAACUUGCUCAGACUCUAUUUACGCAUGUUGAAGAAAGAGAAGGAAAGACAGAAAGUUGUCGUAAGGGUUGUUGUAGCUGUCCUGGAUGGCUUCCAUUUUGAUUUGAGUUCUUACAAUCUGAAGGUCGAGUCAUCACAAACACAAGAAACUCCACGACAAAAAGAACUACAGCAAUCCAACGAAACCACAGAAGGCAUUGACAUCCAAGAGAAGCAAACAGACGAGAAAGAUGAUGAUGAUGAUCACGAUGAUGAUGAUGAUGAUGAAUUAGAAAAUGGUGGUGACAAUGAUGAAAAUACCGAAGUUAGAGCCAAGAACGAAGAUAUCACUGAAGCCUUGGCCAAGAAAAUCUACGAUACGAUURCAAAGAAAAUUCUGCCUCAGCUCAACAAGAGCCUUACAAAGAAGGUUGAAAGUUAUCACAAGUUGAGCCACACGAAAUCAGACGAUCAACAAGAAGCAUUAAGGGUACCCAUUGCAUUAGCCAUGGUGAAGCUACUGAAGUCAUUACCCCAGCAUACCCUACAUUUGCAUCUCCCAGGUCUUCUUCUUCGAGUCUGCAUUACGUUGAAAAGUCGUGCACGGGAUGUGAGGGAUACCGCGCGGGAUGUUUUGUGUCAAAUAGCCUUGUCGCUGGGAACAAAGUAUUUUUCUUUCAUCAUCAAAGAAAUGAAAUCCACCCUGACAAGAGGAUACCAGCUUCAUGUCCUUGGAUUUACCCUACAUUCUCUCUUGGAUCGCAUGUUACCAACCCUUUCACCUGGAGAUCUGGAUCAUUGUAUCCCCAGCAUAACAGAGAUCCUCGUGGAAGAUUUGUUUGGUGAAGUCGCAACUGAACGAGAAGUAGAAAAACUGGCCAACAAGCUGCACGAAGCCAAGUCAAGUAAAAGCUACGAAUCGUUCGAGAUACUGGCCAAGGUCAUUGGUUCUACAUCGAUAUCUCUUCUGGUCAGCCCGCUACAGGAGGUUUUGGAUUCUAACCAGAGUCAUAAGGUGUCUCAACGAGUGGAGGAGGCCUUAAGGAAGAUCGGUGUAGGAUUACAGGCCAAUACACAACUAUCUACACAAACACUAAUGGUGUUUAUUCAUCGAAUAAUUAAUGAAAAAUUGCCGUCAAUCACAACCAAGAAAACAGAGAAAGAUAAAGCAGCCAAUAGCGAUAAGUCUGAUUCUCAGGCGGAAAAGAGCCGUAAAACCGCUGACUGUUAUCUGCUGUCACCUUCACCAGUACGAGGCGGAAAAGCACCUGGACUCAGUAAUAAAACAAACGCUCAUAUCAUAGUGGAGUUUGGCUUACAGAUGCUGAAUACAGCACUCAAACGAGGCAAGAUUUCAGGGACUGAUCAAAGCCAUCUGCAGAUGCUGGAUCCUUUUGUACCCGUGCUGUCAAACUGUAUGCAGACCAAGCAUGUAAAGGUGCUGACUCUCAGUCUUCGAUGUGUUUGUGUGGUGAUCAAGCUACCUCUCCCCUCCCUAGCCAGAAAAGUACCAAACAUGGCCAAACUCUUGUUUAAAUGUCUUAAAAACUACGCUACAGCUGGUGCUAAAAUUGGCGAAAACUACGAGAUGGUUCUGUCAGCGUUCAAGGCCAUGACGGUUAUCAUCCGGGACUUCAAUAAGUACACCAUCGCCGAGAAACAUCUCCAGGUUCUGUUGGGCUUCGUCGAGGAAGACAUCCAUGAUCACACAAGACAAGGCACUGCAUUUCCUCUUCUGAGGGCCAUCUUGACCAGGAAGCUUAUUGUACCAGAAAUACAUGAAGUCAUGAAGAAAGUCUCCCAGCUGUCAAUCACUGGAGCCACACCUACCGUCCAGCAACAGUGCAGACAGUGUGUGAUGCAAUAUAUGUUAGACUACCCUCUGGGUAAGAAGUUACAGAGACUACUGGAGUUCUACGUUUCUCAACUAAGUUACGAGCAUGAGACUGGUCGUGAAUCAGCACUGGACAUGAUGACGUCAAUCUUCAAUGGAUUCCCUGAGUCUCUUUUGUUUGAGUACGCGUCGUUCUUCUUUGUACCGCUGACUACAAGACUCGUAAACGAUGAUUCAGCUGUGUGUCGUAAAUCAACUGCAACAGCUAUUAAGACACUGCUGCAAAAGCUUGACUUAGAGCGUCGUGAUAUCCUAUUCCGUAUGGUGGUUGAAUGGUUCACCAAUGACAAGGUUAUACUUCGAAGACUAGCAGCACAAGUUUGUGGCCAGUUUGUCGAAGUUGAAGGCAAAGCAUUUGACAGAAGACUACCAACGACACUGCCUCUGAUAUCUGAGAUGAUCAAACCAGAACAUUACGAUGUGGAGGAACAAGAGGAAGAAUCAAGGAAUGACAUCAGCUCGUCUGACAGAGGUCUGGAUCAUCUGUUGUUCAAUGCUCUGACUACCCUGGCCAAGAUACUUCAAGAAAGUAGGCUUGUGUGGGAAGUGAAGACCAAGRAAGACAUGGAUUCUAUAUGGGUGUCAGUCGAGAACCAUCUUCUUCAUCCUCAUGCCUGGAUUCGUCUUGUUUCGUGCCGGUUGUUUGGGCUGCUGUUUGCUGCAUGGAAACCAGAGGAUCUAAACGAGAAAGCAAUUCCAGAAAUACCAGAUUAUCUGGCCAUCAGAACCAGAGACAAGAUCAUACACCUGUGUGAUAACUUUUGUCUUCAGCUGGAAUCACCAUUCCUGGAGAAAGAGCUCGGUGAUCAAAUAAUCAAGAACUUAGUUUUUAUUUCAAAGUUUUUAUAUCUCUAUGACAACGGUAAUCACUUGUCUCAAAAUGACUCGGCCAAAUCAAGCAGUGAGGAGAAUGGGGACGAGUUUACCUUAAAGUCACUCUUUAAUAAAUUAGAAAGACUUGCAACACACGAAGCAUCACAGACUCCCAAGAAAACUCAAAAGCGGUCUUGUGUCAUGCGCUGGAUAGCCGCCGUCGCUACGGUUCUUGGGAAGGAUUCCGUCAUUCCUUAUCUAAGGGAUAUACUGCAACCAUUACAUCGAGAACUAGAUAUCAGCACCACCUAUAAAGAUCCCGAGCUCCAACAUACGACCCAGGAAGUACUGGAUCUAGUGAAAAGCAUUGUGGGACGUGAGGCCGUGUCACGUGUUUACUCCGAGCUUCAGAGAGACGUCACAGAUGUCAAAGAGAAAAAAAGAAAAAAGCGAGCCCUUGAGGCUGUUGCGGACCCAACAAUGAAUGCACGACGUAAAAUGAAGCGAAACUUGACGAAAAGAGAGACCAGAAAACGAAAAAUCGAUAAAUUCAAGCCAGAGAGAAAAUUGAAGAAAACAAGACAAACAACUGAACCAGACGACUAAAGCAGACAGAAAGUUUAAAGAAUGUACAGUUUUUUAGCGCUUUUAUAUUAGAUGUAAGACGAAAAUUCCUAGAUAAAGAAUGGUUAUUGUAAAGACCUGAAUAUCAGUUUGCGACAGAGUAAUUUUCAUGUUCCAUAGGCAUUGAUACAUGUAGUAAUCAUAAAGCAUUCCCUCUAGCUUGCGUAAAAAAAAAAAUGAAUAAAGAAUAAUGUCGUUGAUCUUA